AUGCCAGCCCCAAAUAACACACAUUCCGGACACUUCCAUCUGCUAGACUCCGAUGGAGCGAUCAUCUUGAUGUUGGGUGCGGUGGUCUUCUUGACUUUCGCCCUCGGUAUGAUGUGCCAGCUCUGCGAAGUUCCGAUUCUCUUCUUCAUCCGAAGAAAGCAAUACUGGUACGAGGAAGACGACGAUCUCGAUCUCGAGCAAGGCCUCGGCCAGACAACGCUCAACCAUAGAAUGUCCGAUUUCGAAGCUGACACCGGCACCGGCCGCCCAACCCAACCCCGAGUCCUUGAUCGAGGAUUGCAGCGUGCACAGCAACCUGAAUCUGGACAUUCAUCACGACCAAUGACUCGUUACGGGAGCAUUCAGCAACACAUGAUAGACGUGAACGGGGUCCGAAAGCUAGUCCUAGUCGUUGAUAUCGAUAAGUACGGUCGUGAGUCCAGCGAGGCUUCGCCAGACGAAUAUGCGGAGUGGUUUGAGCGAUGGCGGCAGCAACAACAGCGGGUGGCUGAAGUGGCGGUUUCUGAAGAGCCCCUGGACGAGAGCGCACCGUUAUUAGGCCCUUGGCCAUGA